UAAGCCGCGCCGACUGCCGUGCGUGCAUGAGUUCGCCAGUAAGUUUCGUAUCAUUGUAGAGAGAGAACGCGAUCGACCGACGUCGGAAUCUAUGGGCGAAGUUCGCGCGUUCUUCUCCGAACUUUAAUUUUAAAUAAAAACAAUAGUUAAACCGGUUUAAUUAAAUAGAAAUCUCGUUCUAAAAUAAUUGUACGAAAAUGCACAGUAAAUAUUUGUAGUAAUUCCUGAAAGUUUACCUUUUUUUUGUUGUUGAAAUAAUAGUAAAAGUGACGUUUUCAAAAUGAUGAUGGCCAGUGCGAAAUUGGUGAGGGACUGUAGCUCGGACCUGAGUUCUGAUAUCCGGUCCCUAUCCGUGGAAUCCUCUACGGAAGAGCAGGACUCUACCACAACAGAAUCGGAGUACACAGAAGAGGAAAAAGAAUAUGAAUUAGAUGACCUUCAGAUUUUAAAAACUAUCGGUACUGGCACAUUUGGUCGAGUGUGCCUAUGUAGAGACAAGGCGGCAGAAGAGUACCUCGCCAUGAAGAUCCUUUCAAUGGCAGAUGUGAUCCGCUUAAAACAGGUCGACCACGUCAUGAACGAGAAGAACAUACUGGCAGAAAUCAACCACCCGUUCAUCGUCAAUUUACGGUGGUGGACGCAUGACGACUCCUGCCUAUAUAUGUUGUUCGAUUAUGUCUGUGGGGGUGAACUCUUCUCUUACUUAAGAAAUGCGGGCAGGUUCAGCAACAGUAUUGGGAACUUCUAUGCGGCGGAAAUCGUGUCAGCGCUAGAGUACCUUCACGCGAGGAACAUCGUAUACAGAGACUUGAAGCCAGAGAAUCUGUUACUAGCCAGGGAUGGCCAUAUGAAGAUCACCGAUUUCGGAUUCGCGAAAAAGUUAACAGACCGCACGUGGACACUGUGUGGCACACCAGAGUACCUCGCCCCGGAGAUCAUACAGAGCAAAGGACACAACAAGGCCGUCGAUUGGUGGGCAUUAGGUGUUUUGAUAUACGAGAUGCUUGUGGGGUACCCGCCUUUCUAUGACGACAAUCCAUUUGGCAUCUACGAGAAGAUUCUCAACGGCCGCGUUGAGUGGCCUCGACACUUAGACCCCAUCGCCAAAGACAUCAUCAAGAAACUCCUGGUGCAAGACCGGACCAAGAGGCUAGGGAACAUGAAGUGCGGCUCUGAGGACGUAAAGAGGCACAGAUGGUUCAAACAUAUAGACUGGGCGGACGUUUUCAUGAAAAAGUUACAGCCACCGAUUAUCCCAACAGUAUCAUACGAGGGGGACACGUCCAACUUCGACGAGUACCCCGAGACGGACUGGAAAGCGGUACGCUCGUUGGAUCCUGACGAACUGAAGUUGUUCGCUAACUUCUGAUUCACCAUAGCACACGAGUGGGCACAACUAAUUAUUGUACAGUUAGCUUAAGGGCGCUUUCAAUUUAGAUGUUUAGGUUUAGAUAUAUUUGCAGCGU